GGAUAGGAUUCUGUGAACGACGCGAGAUGGCAAUACCGUACGAACGAUUGUUGGCCUGAUGGCGAAGUACGGAUACAACAGAAACUGACAUGAACUCUGCGAGCAAGGUUGGUGAGAUUUUCACUGCAGCCGGAGCAGCGUUUAACAAGCUCGGAGAGUUGACUAUGCAAUUACAUCCAACGACGGACUCACCGGCAGGUAAAUGGACUGACGAGGAAAUUGAGAUGCUCCGUCACUCGGUAAAGACCUUCAGCGAAGACUUGAACAAAAUAAGUGAACACAUCAAGGGACGAACGGUCUCUCAAAUUCGGACAACGUUAAAGAAGAAAGCGUUCGAAGAAGCGGGAAUGCCGAUCAGACAACAAAUGCUGUCCCAGCAAUCAACGCAACAAUCGACGGUUGUCCAGCAACAACAAGUAUCCAAACAACAGGCAGCGAACCAAGGAUUAAUGGGAAAAUCGGCGGAAGUAACGUUGAAUAUGUUGAAUGCGCCUGAAUCGGAAGUGGACGUUGAAGGAUUACCGGAAGAGUGUCAAGUGAAGCUCGAGUUUGAGGGCGCGACGGAAGAAGUAGCUUCUUAAGGGUUGUAACCUGGCGAAUACAACUUUCAUAUAUCGAUCUCUAAAUUUAAGAUAAUAUUCAUAAAAAGUACGCUUAGAUUUAAGUGAUAAUUAUGUACAUUCGCUGAUA